CCCCUCUGUUGUUUCAUCGAACGACUAUUAUCAGAAGAUGUAUAAAACCUCCCGUGCGCCUUAACGCAUCUGAAUAUAUCAUUCGACCAGAAGUUUUACAAAAAGACUAACAUAAAAAGUACAAAAAAAGUUUCUUUGGUUUGGUUUCUGUUCUGUCUGAUUUCUCUCUGGCGAAAACAAAAGGAGGUUUCGGUUUCGGUCUCUGGUCAAAUCACGAACUUCCGGUUGCAUUUCUCAGUGAUAAAUACCGUGAGAUCAUUUCUUCUUUAGGAGAAUAGUCACCGGAAACGAAACCAAAGAUACUUCACCGGCGCCUGGUGGGUUCUUGCUCGUUAUUAGGAGGGUUCGAUUUUAGAAUUGGGAGAUAUCAAUUAUGGGUUCCGAGCAAAACGACAGCUUCUCUCCCUCAGAGCCAAAACUCUGCGUCAAAGGCUGUGGCUUUUUCGGAUCUCCAUCGAACAUGAACCUCUGCUCCAAAUGCUACCGAGACAUCCGAGCCACGGAGGAGCAAGCCGCCUCCGCUAGAGCCGCCGUCGACAAAUCGCUAAACCCUAAUAAACCCCAAAUCCAUCCACAACAGAGCCGGGAAAUCGCUCCCGGUGACGAAUCUGGGUCAUCGAGCAGCGGCGGCGAUUCGUCAGCAGCUUCCUUAGAUCCGCUUAAAUCGACGGGGACGACGAGAUGCUUGAGCUGCAACAAGAAAGUGGGCGUGACGGGCUUCAAAUGCAAGUGUGGGAGCACUUUCUGUGGAGCUCAUAGGUAUCCGGAGAGCCAUGACUGCGAAUUCGACUUCAAAGGAGCGGCGAGAGACGCUAUUGCUAAGGCGAAUCCUGUGGUGAAGGCUGAUAAGGUUGAUAGGAUAUGAAAUUGGUAAAAUCGGUCUUGUCUUUUCUUUCAAUUCUCGUGGUGUUGGUGUUUGGCUCUUUUUUCUGCUCUUGUUAUGGUUUGAUUUGCUUCAAAGUUUCUUAGGGAUAAUUUAGGUUCUGCUAUGUAAUGCUAUGGUUUGGACAGUGGAUUUACUGUUCUGUAAUAAAAAUUGCUGGUCAUGUCUGAAACUUGCUCUCUUAUUU